AUGAGAUGCAUUGCUCAUAUUCUGAACUUGGUGGUACAAGAUGGUCUAAAACAAUGUGAUAUUUCUGUUAAGAGGGUUAAGGAGGUUGUUAGAUAUGUCAGAAAUUCUCCUUCAAGGUUGAAGAAAUUUAGGGAUUUGGCAGAGUAUAGUGGAAUUGAGCAAAAAACAUCCUUGUGUCUUGAUGUGCCAACAAGGUGGAAUUCCACAUAUUUAAUGUUACAGUCUGCUUUGAUCUACCAGAAAGUAUUUGAUGACUAUGAAUACAGUGAUAACUCUUUUAAAUCUGAUCUGGGUGAUUCUAUUCCUACUUCUCUGGAUUGGGAGUCUGUGAACAACUUGGUUAAGCUGUUGAAAUGUUUCUAUGAGAUGACUAUCAGAAUUUCAGGGUCCCUAUAUGUGACAGCUAACACCUUUUUCUCUGAAAUAUCUGAUCUGUAUUGUAUCUUGAAUGAAAUGGUGGAAGCUGAUGGGGCUGUGAAACUAAUGGGGGCUAACAUGAAAGCGAAAUUUGAAAAAUAUUGGGGUGAUAUUGACAAAAUGAAUUAUAUGAUUUUCUUUGCAAACAUUUUAGACCCCAGGGACAAGUUAGAAUAUAUGCCAACUCAAUUACUUCAUAUGUAUGGUGACAAAAAAGGAAAAGAUUACCUUGAGAAAUUGUUGGCUGCUUUGAAUGAAUUGUAUGAUGAUUAUGCUGUGAGUUAUAGCCCUACUGUUGUCCCAGCUACUGGUUCUGGUUCUGUAGCAUCUGUUACUCCUAUUGUUGAGUCUGUUUCUGCCCCUGUUGGGAGGCCACAACAUCUACUGAAGGCCCAAAUUAAGAAACAAAUAAUGGAAACUGAUGAAGGUUCAUUUGAUAUACUGAGAUGGUGGAAGGUCAAUUCUGCAAGGUUUCCUAUCCUUUCUAAGAUUGCUAGGGAUAUCUUAGUUAUUCCUAUCUCAACUGUUGCCUCAAAAUCUGUCUUUAGUACAUCUGGGAGGGUUUUAGAUCAUUUUAGGAGUUCUUUAACUCCUAAAAUUGUGGAAGCCUUGAAUUUAGUGUUGAUGGUGGAAGUGCAUCUGGUGGGAGGACUUGUGGUUCUACACUUCCAAGCAAUGAAACUUGGUGACUUUAAGUUGCUUCCCUUGAUGAGUUUUUGGCCCCUAACCACUGCUCUUAAAUCCUCUAAAGGCUUGGUAGCUUACUAA